ACUAGAGAGAGAGAGAGAGAGAGUAGAGUGAGAGAGAAUGAAGAGCAAUAUGGCAAGACUUAACAAUGGAAUGACCAUACCCAUAAUUGGUAUGGGAACUUUCUCCUUCGAAAAUGACUAUCAUAUCACUCACAAUGCUGUCCAAAUGGCCCUCAAGCUCGGCUACAACCAUUUCGACACGGCUCAAGUCUACGGCUCCGAGCCGGCCUUAGGCGCCGCGCUCCGGGACUCGAUAUCCCGAGGUGCCGUCGAAAGGGAAUCCCUUUUCGUUACGUCGAAACUCUGGGGAAGCCAUCACCACGACCCCGUCUCCGCUCUCAAGCGAACGCUAAUGAACCUUGGGAUGGAAUACGUCGACAUGUACUUGGUGCAUUGGCCGGUGAGGAUGAAGCCGUGGGUGUCGACCCCUUACGCUAAGGAAGACGAGUUCGAGAAUUUGGACAUGGAGACGACGUGGGCCGGGAUGGAGCGAUGCCUCGAGAUGGGAUUAUGUCGCGGCAUCGGCACAAGCAAUUUUUCUUGCAAAAAGAUCGAAUCUUUGCUCGAUCACGCAUCCGUCGUGCCGGCUGUAAAUCAGGUCGAAAUGCACCCGAUGUGGAAGCAAAAAAAGCUGAGGAAUUACUGCAAGGAUCACGACAUUCACGUGAGCGCCUACUCGCCGAUCGGCGGACCCGGGAAUUUCUGGGGUUCGACAGCCGUUGUUGAAAGCCCGGUUAUUCGAUCGAUAGCUCAGAAACACAAGGCAACUCCAGCUCAGGUUGCGCUGAGGUGGGGGAUGUCGAAGGGAUCGAGCGUGAUAGUGAAGAGCUUCAACGAAGACAGGCUAAAGGAGAACAUCGGAGCGCUCAGUCUGAAACUCGACAACAAAGACGUAAACGAAAUCGAAAGGAUGGAGGAGUGGAAGAUAAUGAGAGGGGAAGUGUAUGUAAAUCAAACGACGAGUCCUUACAAGACGAUCGAAGAGUUAUGGGACGAUGAGAUUUGACAACAUAUGCGGGAAUCAAAUCGAUGUAA